AUGACUUACAGUGCCGUGGUCGCGUAUCCCAAUGAUGAGGACAUCACCUUCGACACCGAUUACUAUCUGAAGACUCACAUGCCUCUAGUGGCCCAGCAUUGGGGGCCCCAUGGCCUGAAGAAGUGGGAGGUUGUCAAGUACGAGCGCGACCUGGCCGGCUCCAAACCCGCGUAUCUGAUCACCGCGACCCUUGUGUGGGACAACGAAGAUGCCGUCAAGGCUGCCUUGCAGAGCGAGUCCGCGGCGCUGGUCUUCGGUGACAUUCCCAACUUCACCAACAAGCAGCCCGUUACUCUAGCCGGCACCGUGAUUGGCGGCCAGAUUGUAUAA